GUGGCUGCUCCAGUUUAAAGGAAAUUAGUAAAUGAUAGCCAUACAAUACAGAUUUAUUGUGAUGUUAAGAACAUAAGCUGACAUUUAUUAAGUGCCCACUGUAUUUCACAGAAAUCGCAAGAAAAACUACUUGCAUCAUCUAAUUUAAUUCACUCAUCAGUCUUAACAAUGUAGGGCAUAUUUACUACUCCCAUUGUAGAGGUGAGGGGUUGGCAGCUAAGAGAGAUUAAAUAACUUUGUCAAGGUCGCACAAAUUAUAAGUUGGUGAAGCUAAAGUCUAUUCUAGGAAGUCUGACUCUAUAUCCCAGUUUCUAAAUCACAUCUCUGUACUGCACCUUGGGAGAGUUACAUAUCAAAACUAAUUGUCAUAAAAGGAGCAGAUUAAUAAUGACAGUAACAGCUAUCAUUUAUGGAGACCCUACUGUGUACAAAGUUAUUUCUAAACCUCACAAAGAAGGUAAUAGCAGUAGCCACAUUUUUAGAAAUAAACAAAACAAGGUCCUUGAGUUGUAUGACAUCAAUAGGAAGUAUCAAGUCAUAGAAUUAAGGUUUUUUGAGUUGAGAAUCCACAUCUUACUAACCAUCAUAGAGCUAUUUGAAAGAAGUAAGCAUGGAGAUUAUCAAAGAUAUUAAAUAUCUUAAAUCAUUUCAGAAGAGUCAUAUCAAAGAAAAAUUGGUUUAUAUUCAUAGUCUCAAAUAGAAUUAGAACCAGUGAGUAGAUGAUAAAAGAGAUGUCUACUAAAUUUUUGAAAGGCUGAAUAAUUACACUUAAAAUAGAAAUGAGCUACCACUUGACUGAAUGAAUCAUCAUCCUUGGAAACUCUCAACAGAGGUUGAAGUUUGUUCACCUAAAGGUGGAAUCAAGAGGUGCUGACUACCUCAGGUGCCAGUUGGAUGUUCACCAAACAUUGCUUUUGCCUCCUUCUCCAGCAGACACACUAACUAAAUGGAAGCAGGAAACCACACAGAAGUAUCAGAAUUCCUCCUUCUGGGUCUCUCAGAGGAUCCUGAACUGCAGCCCCUCCUCUUCGGAGUGUUCCUGUCCAUGUACUUGGUCACCGUGCUUGGGAACCUGCUCAUCAUUCUGGCCAUCAGCUCUGACUCCCACCUCCACACCCCUAUGUAUUUCUUCAUCUCCAACCUGUCAUUUAUAGACAUCUGCUUCAUUUCCACCACUAUCCCAAAGAUGCUAGUGAACAUUCAGGUACAGAACAAAGAUAUUUCCUACAUAGGAUGUCUCACUCAGGUGUAUUUUUUUAUAAUGUUUUCUGGAAUGGAUAAUUUCCUUCUGACUGUGAUGGCGUAUGACCGGUUUGUAGCUAUCUGCCAUCCCCUUCAUUACAUGAUCAUCAUGAACCCACGCCUUUGUGGCCUUCUGGUCCUGAUGUCUUGGUUCAUCAUGUUCUGGGUCUCUUUGCUUCAUAUUCUACUGUUAUGGCAGCUGACCUUCUGUUUAGGCACUGAAAUUCCACAUUUCUUCUGUGAACUGGCUCAGGUUCUCAAAGUGGCCUGCUCUGACACUUUCGUCAAUAACAUCUCUCUGUAUGUGGCCACUGCCCUCCUUGGUGUGUUUCCUCUCACUGGGAUCCUCUUUUCUUACUCUCAGAUUGUCUCCUCCUUAAUGAGGAUGUCCUCUGCAGGAGGAAAAUAUAAAGCAUUAUCAACCUGUGGGUCUCAUCUCUCUGCAGUCUUCUUGUUCUAUGGGACAAGCCUGGGGGUCUACCUCGGUUCUACUGUGACCCAUUCUCCCAAGAGAAGCUCAGUUGCCUCAGUGAUGUACACUGUGGUCACUCCCAUGCUGAACCCCUUCAUCUACAGCCUAAGAAACAAGGAUGUGAAGGGGUCCCUGGGAAGGCUCUUCAAGUGA